AAUAAUUAAUUAGUCACUAAGUAGGUAGGAACCACCGUAUUUCGUUUUUGUGAUCAUCUAAUUAUUUACUUAUUUCAAGGUCCUUGACUAUGUCAUAUUAUUUACCUACGAGUACCUACUUAAAGUGGCAGUGAUUUUUUGUUUUUACGUGUAGGUAUCUAGCGAAAAAAAUCAUGAUUAUUUCAGCGAAAUUUAAUGGCUGGUUUUCGUUAAAAUAACGUUACUACUUGCUACUGAUACACCUUUUUUCAGGAGGAAAAAAAUCCUCAUGGACGUCCUGAACCGGAUAGUGCCGGACUCCUACCGGCUAAAAAAAGUCCCUCCUGACCCCAAGGCGUUGGUGUUCCUGCCAAUUCGACCUACCACCAACACCCUUGUCUAUGUAUCACCGAGCUCUAUUUCUUUCUCUUUCGUCCUUCUCUUUACACUUUAUUAUUCCUUCCAGAUAAAAUAUUAUAGCUUCCCAUUUCUCCUUCGUCUCUAGCAUUAUGCUGCUUGGAUUUCCAACUUCUAUUUCGCUCCCAACCUGACGUUUUACUAAUUCUCUCUGUUGUUCAAAAUUUGGGCAGUGGAAUAAAGUGUGUUCCGCAUGAAUGAUACACCUACUUAGGUACUUACAUAAUAAUAACUCUGUCAGAGAAAAAUAUAAUAUGUACCUAUACUGUGACUCUGUGAUGUGAGCGUUAAACUUGCUGAAGGCGCACUUUAUGUAGGUACUAGGUACCUACAUAUUAAUUAUCGUUAAUGAAUACCUACGUACCGUGACCAAGUGAAAAAUAUUGAUCCAAAUAGUUAAACUUGUUGUUUACCGGUGCGCUACUUACGAGUAACAUAACGAAUUCAAUCAUUUUAAUUAGUUAAGCCUCGGACACAGUGAUGCGUUUGCUUUUGCAUUCAUAAUAAUAAGAAUUUCCCUGAACAUAACGAUAUUUUAAAAGCAAUGUUAUUUUUUAAUAUACCUAAUUACUAACUACCAUAAAUAAAUGAUAGAAAAAAAGUGGCCAAUAGUACUUAGGUAAUAUUUAAUGAUAUGGUACAGAAAACAUAUGUACAAGUAUUAUGGUGCUGAUAGACUUGAGCAAUCAUUUGUAAUGAGCAUUCGUGCAAAUUGUUCAUCAUAGAAACAUAAUACAAAUUAAUACGAGAACAUUUUAGCGAGCAUUCUAUCGAGUGUUCUGGCAGAGUAAAGAUCUGGCGAGCAGUCUACGGAGCUGAUUUGUUUGGCAUGGAAACAUCGAAUAGAGCGGUCGCUAGAAUUAUAGAGACGUUCAUAGCAAUUUUUGGCUCUAUGCUUGGCUCGGUUCGUUGUUUAGCUCGACAAAAUAUAUAAAAACGGCGAAAGCUCGAUCUUCUGUUAGAAGAGAAUGCUCCAUCAGCACCUUUAAGUACAAUAAGGCACUCGACACCGAUAACGCGAAAUAUUGUCUUUCUAGCAUAGACCUCAUAAAUAGGCUGGUUCUAAGUGCUUGGUCAAGUGUGAUCUUAAGAAACAGCAUCAAAAUCGAAUUAGUAUAGUAGGUACUUACAAUAUAAACGAAAUUAUUGAUACUUGAUAGAAAAUGUUUUUCUUUCUCACGGUGCGACAAGACUAUUUAAUUGAAAUAAACAAAAUGCGCGCCAACGGUAGUAUUGUUGGUAUGACUGCGCCAAUUUAAUAGAAAAACGUAUUGAAAACGUUGAAAUUUAGACCUUGUGUACACACUAUCAACUGUUGUAUCUAGUGGAAGUUCCACUGAGUUGGCAACACUGGUGAGAUGAGUGGGACGACCAAGGGGCCAAAAUUCAGUACAAAGACUUUUGGAGUUAUGAGAUUAUGCAUGGUUAGUUGCGGAAAUAAAUUAGUAGAUACUAAGUUAGAAAAAUGUUCUGAAUUAUUUAUUAGAGGUGAGUCGUACUUGGUGAUACACGUGCUGAGUAUUACUAUUAUUUUUAUUUUUGUUAAGUAUUAGUUAUUAUUAUAGACACGUACUCCUGAAUACUCAGUGACCAGCAAUAUUACAUCAUAACAAACAGUUAUGCGUACAUUAAUUUCAGCUAAGUUUUACAUAGUCAUUUGGCUUUGUAGUGUUUAUCCAAUUUAACUUACAUUUUUGUCUGUUUUUGUGUUUGUCUCAAUUGGUUUCUUUAACUUUAUUAAAAGUAAGUGUUUUAUUAAGCCUAUUAUUUAAAAUUACCGCUGAUUUUAACUCAAAAAUAUUUUGUAUGCGGAAAUAAAGUCGCUGUUAUGUUCAACGUAUUCAUGUAUGUGUUUUAAACUUAAAGUUCGUAAAAAAGUUGACGGCACUGCGAAAAAUCCCUUGCAAUCUUUUUAUUUGUUCCUUUCACUUGCAAAAGACCGACACCGACCUGAAAAAAACACAAAUAUUCGUGUCAAGUAUCGAACAUACCCCAUUAUGCCGUUUUUUUAUUCUUUUCAAGUCAGCCCUUGACUACAAUCUUACCUGAUGGUAAGUGAUGAUGCAGUCUAAGAUGGAAGCAGGCUACACGGCAUCAUGCCGAAACGCUAAAUCGCUUGGCGAUACGUAACUAACCUUUGAGUGGUAACUAACCACAGCCGAAGCCUCCCACCAGCCAAAUACUUAAAAAAAAGCCGUUUACACUUUACAUACUCUUACUCCCUGUUUGUUUGUACUCAGCAAUAAUAAUAAAUACUGUUAGAUGUGUUAAUAACGCAUGAAAAAUGAGGCACUUAAAAGAGGAAAUUUAUACACAACUCAAUGUUAGUUACCAAACACAUCCAUACAAACACAGUAGGUACAAACAUGAUUCGAGCCAGGUGUCAAGUUAAUCGGCACAAGCUGUAUACUUUAAUUGCCCUAGAAAUAAAAAAUAAAUACUAUUGAUGUUAUAAUACACACAAUGUGUGAGAACAUUACUCUCAUUAAAAAAAUAUUAAAUUAUAAUUAUCAGACUGAGUUAUUUCAAUAUCUGCACUGUUUUUAAGUGUCUAAUUUCAUUAGCCAAAAAUCAAAACUGCUAGUGCAGAAAGGCCCUAAACUAAAAAUGUCAUGUUGACAGACUUGGAGUCGUGUCAAAUGUCACUGUCAAUUCCAAUCCAAUUUGAAAGUGAAGUGGCGAUAACCUUAAAAAUUUAAAUUUUUCAAAAAAAAUCUCUAUACAAUUACGUUUUUAAUAAAUUUUUCAAAAAAACAUCUUUGAUACAAUAAUGGAGCUUAAUGAAAAAAUUCUAAAAUAUAUAGAGGAGAAAGUUACGGUAGACACUUUAGAUUUAGCAGACGAAUUCAAUGAAGAUCAUCAAAAAAUUGUUGGUGCAGUUAAAAGUUUAGAAGCUCUAGAGAUGGUUAUUUCCGAAGGUGUUAAAAGUACGAAAUGGGAGUUAUCUGAUGAGGGAAAGUUAGUCGCUGAGAAAGGGAGUCAUGAAGCAGUGUUAUAUCGCAGUAUUCCUGAGGCUGGGAUUUUACAAGCCGAAGUUAUGAAGACUGUACCAAACGCAAAGGUUGGUUUUAGCAAAGCCAUGUCAUUAGGGUGGAUUGUAAUUGAUAAAUCCAGUGGUGCACCAUUAGUCAAAAGAAAAACAGAAAGCAUCACUGAUCUUGUGCAGGAACACCUGAAUGAAAUAAGAAAGGGCAUAGACAAUUUACCUGACAAUGUAAAGAGUGACUAUAAAAAAAGAAAACUACUACAAGAAAUCACAUUAAAGAGUUUUGUGCUAACUAAGGGACCACAGUUUGCCACAACAGUCAAGAAGUUAGAAACCGAUUUAACAAGUGAAAUGUUAUUAACAGGCUCAUGGAAGGAACUGCAGUUCAAACCUUACAAUUUUGAUGCACUAGGGCAACCACCAGAAUGUGGUCACCUCCAUCCACUCCUCAAAGUCCGUUCAGAGUUCAGAGAGAUCUUUCUCGAGAUGGGUUUCACAGAGAUGCCAACCAACCAGUAUGUGGAGAGUUCCUUCUGGAACUUCGAUGCACUAUUCCAGCCGCAGCAGCAUCCAGCGCGCGACGCUCACGACACCUUCUUCAUAUCCUCACCAGCAAACUCCACAGAGUUUCCUAUGGAAUACUUGGAAAGGGUCAAGAAAGUUCACAGCGAAGGAGGUUAUGGCUCACAAGGCUACCGCUACUCGUGGAAGCUGUCGGAGGCGCAGAAGAACCUGCUGCGCACGCACACCACGGCGGUGAGCGCGCGCAUGCUGUACCAGCUGGCGCAGCAGAAGCACUUCACGCCGCAGAAGUAUUUCAGUAUCGAUAAAGUGUUCCGCAACGAGACGCUGGACGCCACGCACCUGGCGGAGUUCCACCAGGUGGAGGGCGUGGCGUGCGCGCGCGGGCUGGGGCUGGCCGACCUCAUCAGCACGCUGGACGCGUUCUUCGCGCGCCUCGGCUUCCGGCGCCUGCAGUUUAAGCCGGCCUACAACCCCUACACCGAGCCCAGCAUGGAGAUCUUCGCCUUCCACGAGGGCCUCGGUAAAUGGAUAGAGAUCGGCAACUCUGGGGUGUUCCGCCCAGAGAUGCUGCUGCCCAUGGGCCUGCCCGAGGACGUGUCGGUGAUUGCUUGGGGACUGUCCUUGGAGAGGCCCACCAUGAUCAAGUACGGGCUGAACAACAUCCGUGACCUCGUGGGCCCGAAGGUGGACCUUCAGAUGGUGAUGGACAACCCCAUUUGUAGACUUGACAAAUAAUUAAUUGAAUAUAUUGUUUAAAUUAUUA